CAUGUUGUGUAAUGUAAGAAUGUAAAAGAUUUGAUAUGAAAUGCAUUAGCGUGUAGCAUAUCUUCCGGAGCGAUUGUUUUUAAUAUAUUUUACAAACACCGUUAGAAAAACGAAACUUCAUCUGUCAAGUUAUUUCCAUGGAAUUUCAUGCGUCUGUAAUUUUUUGCUCGACAAUUAAGUAGAAGACGGUAAGACCCGUUAGUUUUUCGUUUCGCUGGCGAUAUUAUAGAAAAGAAAUCAACAUAAUUUGGAAUAAGGUAACGAGGGUCUUGGAAAUAUUCUUCCCGCCACAAGAGAGCAUGUAUGCGGCUGUAAAGCCUCUGUCCAAGUAUUUACAGUUUAAGUCUGUUCGCAUUUACGAUGUGGUCUUUACAUUGCACUCCAAGUGUACCGUAGUCAUUCUGUUGACUUUCACAUUUUUGCUAUCAGCGAAACAGUACUUUGGCGAUCCGAUUCAAUGCAUCAGCGAUGAGAAACACGUCGAUUAUGUCAACUCUUUUUGUUGGACAAUGGGCACUUAUAUACUAAAUUACUAUGAUCUAAAUGAACAACAAAAUACGAUAACAACAUUAUCUAAUAGUACGGAUUAUAAAAUGCGAGAUCUGGCCUUUGCUAUAGCGGAAGGUAAAUUGAAGUUUAUAAUGAGGAUAUUUCCGCAUUUAUUAUAUGUCGUUUUUGUAGGCGUUGGCCCAGAAAUACCAAACAAGACGAAGCGUGUCUAUUUGCGUUAUUAUCAGUGGGUAAUAAUGAUGCUGCUUAUGCAAUCGGUGAUCUUUUACUUUCCUUCCUUUUUAUGGAAAGUUUGGGAGGGUCAGCGCUUGAAGCAAUUGUGUGCAGAUGUCGGAGAUGCACUAUUGCCGGAAGAAACCUAUAUGAAUAAACGAAAAAUGCUGCUUAAAUAUUUUACCGCCGACUACAAGGAUCUGCAUUUUUGCUAUAUGGCUCGAUAUAUAUUUUGUGAAAUACUUAACUUUGCCAUCAGUAUUUUAAACAUUGUGCUACUAGACGUAUUUCUAAAUGGCUUCUGGUGGAAAUAUGUACAAGCUUUAGCGACUAUACCACGUUAUGAAUGGUCCGAAUGGAAUACAAUGACAUCUAGAGUAUUUCCGAAGAUUGCUAAAUGUCAUAUGCUCAAGUACGGUUAUUCGGGUUCCGCAAACUCACUUGACAUACUCUGCAUUUUGCCAUUAAAUAUAUUAAAUGAAAAAAUUUUUGCCUUUCUUUGGUGCUGGUUCAUGGCAAUGACAUUAUUGGCUGGUCUAAUAUUGAUAUACCGCGGACUGCUUAUAUUUCAUAUGCCAUUUCGCUGGCAGCUAAUAAGGGCUCAAGUGCGCUUUAUGUCGAAAUCGCACGUACGUUGCGCGUUGCGGGACAUGUCAUUUGGCGAUUGGUUUAUACUCUUCAAAGUGAGCGCGAACAUUAAUCCGAUACUUUUUCGCGAUUUAAUGCAAGAACUCUACGAGGAACAUAAAAAAAAAAAUUUAGAUUUUUCAGCCUGAUAUUGUUAUAGUAUGAUCAUUCUGUCAGUAAAAAAAAAAAAAAAAA